ACUGGCACCCAUCGAAAGCUCGAGAUGUAAACAAAAAUCAAUCGAUUUUGCACACUCCACCGUGGGACAUUUCCAGAAUUUACGAUCGCUGAAAUAUGAAUUAAAAUUAGGACAAUUGCUUCCAUUCAGCGCAUCACAAACAAGGUGGAAAGUAUGUCAAUAUUUCGCAAUAAAUUAAUUCUGACCGGUAGUGCAAUCGGCACUCUGCUCGGUGGCGUUGUUUUGCUCAAGGAUCGUAUGCAGGGCGCUGUGUUCGAAAAGAAUGUACGAGCCGAUGGAAAGGUUGUCAUCAUUACCGGAGCAAAUACCGGUAUCGGUAAGGAAACGGCCCAUUACCUGGCGCGCCGCGGUGCCCAUGUGUAUAUGGCCUGUCGGGAUAUGAAAAAAUGUGAAGAAGCACGUGAGGAGAUUGUGCUGGACACGCGAAAUCCGCUCGUGUACUGUCGCGAGUGUGACCUGGCUUCGAUGCAAUCCAUCCGGCAGUUUGUGAAGCAAUUCAAAUCUGAACAGCAACGGUUGGACAUUCUCAUCAACAAUGCGGGCGUGAUGCGUUGCCCACGCACACUCACCAAAGAGGGCAUCGAGCUGCAGCUUGGCGUUAACCAUAUGGGACACUUUUUGCUCACGAAUCUGCUGCUCGAUACGCUGAAGCUAAGCGCACCCAGCCGUAUCGUGGUGGUGUCCAGCUUGGCCCACACGCGAGGGCAAAUUGCGCUGGACGAUCUGAACAGCACCAAAUCGUACGACGAAGCCAAAGCGUACGAGCAAAGCAAGCUGGCCAAUGUGCUGUUUACGCGCGAGCUGGCCCGCCGGCUCGAGGGUACGGGUGUGACGGUGAACGCACUCCAUCCGGGUAUCGUCGAUACGGAGCUGAUGCGUCAUAUGGGCAUUUUUAACAGUUGGUUUUCGGGUCUGUUCGUGCGACCGUUCGUGUGGCCCUUCCUGAAAUCACCACUGUACGGUGCACAAACCACCGUAUAUGCGGCACUCGAUCCGGAUCUGGAAAAGGUUAGCGGACAGUACUUUAGCGAUUGUGCACCGAAAGAGGUGGCGGAACAGGCAAAGGACGAUCGAGUAGCGAAGUGGUUGUGGGCGGUGAGCGAGAAAUGGACGGGCACACUAACCGGAACGGCUGCCGUUUCCUGACAGCGGAUCCUACGUAUGAAUAACAAUAAGGAUAUUGUUAUUUUUACGACAGAUCAGCAAGCAGCAACUUCGCCUACCCCAGCAGCUAACCGAUCAUCCCAGGCGGCGUCGGGUUAGACGAUCGUAUGGAGUCGACACUUGUGGAAGAGCGAGAUUUAUCUAAGCAAAAGUGUAAUCUAGUCGUCACUGCCGCUUUCGUUUGUUUGCUGCUUCUGUCUUUAGUUGCUAAUAAAAAAGCAAUGCACGUAAACUUAAAAUAGCAUACACAGCGUAAAACAUGUUUAAUCGAUACGGCAUUUGUUAGUUCCAUCCUAAAAAUGGAAAACAAAAAAUACAAUACACAUUAAAAGUGAGGUUAGCUCUA